AUGACUACACAAAUAGAUCCAACCGAUUACGUUGAAGUGGAAAAUGGGACUUUGACCUUUGAAAAUCCAAAACAGCAAGCAAAAUUUGAAUUAGGUGUGUGCAUGGCCAUUUAUAAAUGGGAAGAGUUAACAACUGCAGUAGAUAAUAAUUGGGGUGGUCCAAAAUCAUCUGAAAAGAGAGAUUGGAUCUCUGGUAUUGUUAUUGAUUUAUUUUCUGAAUCUAAAAUUGUUGAUAUUCAAUUGAUUGAAGAAACUUUACUAUAUGCCAUGGUUGAUGAAUUUGAUACACAAAUUGAUAAUGAUUCUGCAUUGGAAAUUGGAUAUUUGAUCAUUAAAUUUUACAGAGAUGUAAUGAUUGAAAAAUACGGAUCUAUUGAUGAAAUGUAUGAAAAAUGGCAAGCUAAACAAAGUUCAAAGAGUGUCAAUAAAGUACAUGUUGAAAAUGACCCAAAUAACCCAGAUGUAAGUGAUGAUGAUGAAGAUGACGAAGAAGAAGAACAAGAAGAUGAUGAUGCAUGUCAUGGUCAUCACCAUAAUCAUUCUCACGAUGGAAUGGAUAUCGAUGAACAACCAGAAGAAGCUCCACAGCUAGCUGGUCCAAUAGUUGAUGAUGAUGGUUUUGAAUUGGUUCAAAGUAAAGGUAGAAGAAGAAGGUAA